GAGAAUGCAAAAACAGUCGAAAAAUUGAAACGCGGCAAACCGAAUAGUAGUCCGACACGCCAAAGAUACAAAGAUACACACACACAGAGAGACAGACAGACCGUCUUGAGGCAUAAAUACAUAUAGAAAGCCUAUUGUAUUCCCACAUUUUUUUUCGGUUGCUCCGCCGAUUAGCAAGUGAACCAACUCGAUAGCUCGAGAGCGCGGCGAGCAGAGCAGAACGGUAUAAUCCGACACAGAAGCAACACCAACCAACCAACCACCAAUCCAGCACAGAAAUGGCCGAGGCUAACAAGAGGAAUAUCCCCAUCAAACUGGGCGACUUCAGCGUCAUCGACACGGAGUUCAGCAACAUCCGCGAGCGCUUCGAUUCCGAGAUGCGCAAAAUGGAGGAGGAGAUGGCCAAGUUCCGCCACGAGCUGAUGAACCGCGAGGCCAACUUCUUCGAGUCCACCAGCUCUACUAAAAAAACAACAACAACGACCAGCUCAACGACAAACUCGGCCCUGCCAUCCCGAAUCCCCAAGCAACAGAACUACGUCUCCGACAUUAGCUCACCCUUGAUACAGGACGAGGGCGACAACAAAGUGCUGAAACUGCGCUUUGACGUUAGCCAGUAUGCCCCCGAGGAGAUUGUGGUGAAGACCGUUGACCAGAAGCUAUUGGUGCAUGCCAAGCACGAGGAGAAGUCGGACACAAAGAGCGUGUACAGGGAGUACAACCGGGAGUUCCUGCUGCCCAAGGGUGUCAAUCCCGAGUCCAUCCGCUCGUCCCUCAGCAAGGACGGUGUCCUGACCGUGGAUGCGCCGCUGCCAGCACUGACUGCCGGUGAAACGCUGAUUCCCAUUGCGCACAAGUGAGAGACGCUGCCACCAUCAUCACCACCAUCCCGGCCAGAAGGAGGAGGAGGAGGCUCUCGCAAUUGGAGUUCAUCAUACACACACACACACACAUUGGACUAUCCUAUCUAAUUUUUUUUUUUUUGGUUCCGACGUAAAGCUAAACUAUGUUACUGACUUACUACUCAUAAUUAACUUAAAUGUAAUUCAAAUUAUUAUUAAAUUCGAUUAAUUUAAUUCAUAUUUAUAAUUUUUGCAUUAAACGUAAUCAAACUUGUCGUA